UUUAAAGUCUGCAUCAACAGAAGCAAAUGCUACGCUGACACAGCGAAUGAGUAGUUAUUGGGAGGUUCCUGAGAUCCAGACAGGGAUAGAGGUGGUUCAAACUACAUUUAUCUGGAUGAGGUACAUCCACUGUGCCCUGGUUCCAAUUCUUAUUUUUGUUAUAAAUAAAGAAAUCAGGAGGAAAGCUAUAGAUUUUGUUUUCUUCUUGAGAAAAAACUCAGUUCAAAGCGCCAGUCCUCGACCGCUUUCUGCCAUGCUGCACAGGCAAACCCUGGAACUCAACCGGCAGAAACAAAUGAAAAAAUUCAAACUCACAGAUUACAGGGUUCCUGUAUUAUUUUCUACAAAUGAAGGAAUGUACUUGAGAUUGCUUGAUAAGGAGGUGCCUGUACAUACUGACAGCCUGCAGAACAGUACAGCUGAUGUAUCAAGAAAUCAGUGGACAAUGGAACCAGAGUUCUUUACUGAGCUGUGUGACCUAAGACUACCUGGACCCCCUCCUGGGAGCAACACUACCCGGCCUACGCCCCUGAGUUCUAGGACUAAUGAGAGUGAAGAUGAAGGGUUUCAUGACUCUAGUAGGCCAAACAGCAAUGAGAAGCCUUUCUCGGAGCGGAAAAAUACUCGUCACGUUCAAUUCAAAACCACAGUAGCAGAGAUUCUACCACAUAUUAGACCUUUAAAGGAAAUACCACAACCACAACCAAGUCCUCAACCACACCGUCGAAUAGAUGUACCGCCAGAAAAGAAUUUAUCCCAAUUAAAGCCAACUCCAGAUGAGAAACCGCGUCGCCGAUCUGUUUAUUCCUAUGGAGGGGACGAAAGACGACAUACAGAGAGAAGAUCUGAAGAAGGAAAUGGAGAAGAAAAGAAAAGGAAGAAGAGGAAGAAGAGAAAAAAGAACGAACGAAGGGCCAGCGAUAAUGCUGCACUGCUCGAGCAUGAACAUGAUUUGGAAUUACAAACUUUCCAAAGCCUAGAAUCCAGAUUUGGUAUUAUUCGUUGAAGAGAAACUUCACAAGGAAACAAACGUUGAAAACUUGAAACUUAAUUAAAAUAUAUACCAGAGCGUUUUCAUUGGGGUGGGCUAUUGGGGCUUAGUCCCCCCUUGGACGAUUGGUCUCUGGUUUUCAGGUUCAACGGGUGCUGAGCCCAUGCCGGCCCUGGAGAGAAAGAAAAAAUUUAAGCCCGGCCCACCCCUUCUUGAUAAAUUCCUGGAAACGCCCCUGUCGCCAACUUCACUAAUAAUUUGCUUUACGUCAACUAACUUAAAAUCGCAAAAAACUAUCGUUUUUAAUUAUUGUUUCAAUAAUCCUUAUGCAAUAAAUAAUAUCUUUGCUAAAAAAGGAAAACACAUGAAAUUUGUUACUUAAUAAUAUUCGAUAACUAUACUUUGAAAUAGUAAAAAUAAAUAAUCAUUAUCAAUAAACUUACAUGCAAAUCAUUAUGUUCAUUAUUAUAAAAAUAUUUUGUUUUUAACCAAAAUGAAGUCUAUCCACAUUAUCAAAGAACUACAUUAAUAAUGCUUUGAAAUACGAAAGAUAUGCUAAAGGUAAUUUCGGACCGCUCUACUCCCCCCCUCCGUUCAAUUUUGUACAUGCACAUAACAUUUAACACGUGGAUAAAGUUGGCCAAGUUGGCGCAGCACCCGGUCCUAGCCGCAGCGCUUGGUCCUGAAAGUGUCUUAAUCUAACCUGACCCUAAAUAUACACACAUUUUGUUGAAAAUAGUUGAAAUUGAAGGUCUGUCCACAGCGCUUGACCCCCUAGCCUGUCCUAGUCGGCCCUGAAAUUUUCCUAACCUAACCUAACCCUGAAAUAAAACAAAAUAAAUAU